GUAGAACGAAUGGUCGGGUUUGUCAGUACGGGGCUUCGUUUCUAUUAUCUAUUGCACUGGUGCUCCUGCUACUACUGGAAUUUCAUGAUCCUGACACUUUCGUCACCUGGUGGCGCUGCUCCUUUAGUCCACUGAAAUGGCCACCUGGUCAUGUAGUAGUAGCAUCGACUGUAAUGCUGUUUAUGACGCGUGAGCCCGAAUAGCGACGCUUGUCACGUUUACGACCUGCCGGGAAUAGAGAUAAACAUAUCAUGUGUUUAUGUGUGAGAUGGAAGCUGGCAUACUGACUCUUGUUUCGCUUGUCCAGAAGCACAAUGUAUAAUGGUGUGUGGAGGAAAGGGAGCUAACGACGUUGUCGAACUUGUCGCUACGUAAAAUACACAUAGAUGGUGUUGUAUUUCGUAGAUAUAUUAUCCAUCAGAAUAUUCCACCUAUUGGAAAAAAUAAGUAGAACUGUUCUCAGCUUCAAAGUAGGAAUAAGUGUGGAAGGUGUUGGUGCGUUUGUCUGCAGGUACGUUACUUCAGUAUAAGGCAUCACAGAACAGCGGUACAGAAUACUAUGGAUGUGCCGGUAGGAUCACCGUUCUAACGAUAAUACAUAUCAAUUAAAGUUAGUUCGAAUCAUUGAGCAAAAGGACCUGGAAGUUAUACGCAGUAUGCGGGAAAUUGUUACAGUUGGAGGUAGUAUAAGGCCAAAAUCAAUGUCGUCCUUUAAGAAAGAACUGGCCAGUGUAUCAAAGAACGGACCUUCAACCAAGGUCCAUAUGCAAGCCGAAGCAGAGCAAAGGAGUUCAUCUGAAACGGAUCUUCAGCUUUGCCAGGAUAUUAGUACACUCCAGAUCGUAGAUUUUCCGUGGACUAACGGUGCUGUUCUCACCGAAUUGAUACAUACUCCGUCAGCGAGCCAGUUUUCGGUUCCAUUGAUAGUCAGUGAUGAUGCUAGUUACUUGGAGAAGAACGCUGCACAGCAAAUUCUAGAAUCAUGGAGCUCCUCAAUGAAGAUUUCCGCAAAAAAUUGCCCUGAUCGUAAGAAGCUUCAGACAGAGAAACGAAGUAAGGACAAGACAAAAUCACUAAAAAGCAAGUCAGACGACCCCGAACCCGAUCCAUGUGACCCGGCCGAUCUUACGAACCAGCAGCCUCAUAGUCAUCAGGUUUGCAUAAAACGAAAAGGCUAUUGUUCAUUAGAAUGCAUGUCAUCCUCUGACGAGGACGUAGAACAUGCGAAAUCAGAAGUACAGUACAGCAAAUUGCAGACUGCAGUAGAAUCAAAAAAAGGAUUUUUACCAAAAUUUUCAUUUGGAAAGUUUAAAGCCACGGCCAACCCUGAUACCUCCAGCGUAGAGAGUCGACAGCAACGAGCCAAAGAAUUUACUUCAAAGAUCACCCUUGAGCAGCCUGGAAAGACUACUGAUUUUUACAUGGAACAAAGGGAAAUCCCUAGCGCCACAUACCAAAAACGGGGUAUACUGGGAAUAGGUGGUCAACUUCGAAAGUCGCUCUUUAGAAAGCGUACAGGACGGCUUGGCGAAAAGGAUAAAGAAGGCCCACUUGAACAAAUUCGAUCUGACGAUGAUGUGGACUCCCAGGAUGAAGAGGUUUUGGCGUUUGCACCAGCCUCACAGAUAUUAGAAAGCAAAAAAUCUGCAGCAUCACCAACUGUUUCAGACGUGCCUACCGGCGAGCUGAAGGCAAAAUUGCUUACUCCCGAGCGAAUUCUUAAGAAACCUACAAAAGAAAUACUAGUAUCGCAACAUGAAAUUGAAUCAAAUGGUCCCAUGUGGUAUAUUAAAUCGGCAAAAGAGCUCAGCCGAGGUUUCAGCAGUACUUUAGUGCAUACGUCUAAGACAUCACAUGAUUCUGUGCCUAACGAACUCUACCUGGAGGAGGAAAAGACGACAAAAGCCGAUAACAACAAAAUUAAGAGCGAAGAACAUCCACGGCGUAAGGACAAGAAGAAAGUUCAGGAUGUUCUGUAUAAACGAAAAAACAAGACUCAAGAUGCCUCGGUCGAAGCCCAGCACGCUCUUGAGGUUCUUCGUCAGGUCGAAGGACUUAACAAGUACGACGCGCACUCAUCGCAAGAUGACGAUAGUGGUCUUCGGCAGUACUUUGAGAAGGUCUUACCAAGCACAGUUGAAGAAAUAAAAAAAGCAAACGCGCUCGCUGGUGCAUUUCAAUGGUUUCGACGUGGCGACAAAACAAAGGGGGGUCCUAAGCCAGAAAUCGUCAUCGAGUUGGCAACUGCGCCAAAGACAUCUGAUGUGUCUGUUCAGUUUCCAGAAGCUGCAGAUGAACAAAUUCAGAAAAGUAUUAAUUUUUCUCAGGCACUGAAAAUGCAGGAUUCAGAGUCAAAGUGGAGCAUCAGCAGAGCGACAGCGGCUUCCCAGGAGCUACUGUGGAAAAUACCCGAAAAAGAACAGCCCGUUUCAAACAUAACAACCGAAAUCACUGCUACAGGCGAAGACUCCGUCGAGAAAUUACAAGCAGAGUUGGUGUAUCGUUGUACGUCUGCAAAUGAGAAGUUUCCGGUGGCACAGGCUACACUUCCGUCCGUUGAUGACUAUGUUUCUGGAGAUUCGCUUCUCACACUUUCGUCACUCGAUGUUAAUGAGCACAAGUCGGAGGGGCCGGCCACCGGUUCAGCUGAGUGCGGCUCCAACCUUAAGCCACCCAAGAUACCAAUAUUCUCUGGAUGUUGUCCUGCUCCCAAUAAGACGGUGGACCUGGGUAUUCCCUAUGGGCUUACAAGGGACAAUUCCAAUGGUAAGGAAAAAGCGAAGGCUAAAGAGGAAAAUAGUGACUUAAAGUCAAGCAAGGAUCCGAAACACGUGGCGAAAAAAGGCGUCGGCCUCCGAGGAAGUGUUGCUCUUGGAGAUAGUAGCAAUGAUAUUACGAAGCAGCAAAAAGGGGCGAAGAAAAAUAAAUUCAGAGAUAGUUCGAAGAGUUCCGCUGUAGCAAUCGUUAAAACUGUGGCUAAACAGGUAAUCGUGAAGCUUCGAGAACGUGAACAAUGCAAACAACGUCAUCGACGGUGUUUUCUCUCUGGAAGAGGCGCCGACAUAUCGAGGAUGCCCAAAUGGCGAAGUUGCCCUAUUCUCGCGAUGAAUGAAACAAUGUUAUCUAAUAGGAUCACUUUAGUUAGGGACGUCAUUCAGCACGUCGAAGAAGGGCAAACGUUUACAGAUUCACAAAAGAACCGCCGGGCAUCUUGCUAAUGGCCGUUGAGCAUUCUCCAAGUUGUAUUGAUAGAUAUGGAACGGAAAGCGUCUGUUGUGCAUUUUACAAAAACCAUUGCAUUUCACAAUUCUAAUGUUGUGCUUGAAUGUUAUAAUCCGUUAGUAUUAGCGAAAUCAAAUUGGUUAGUAUUUAUGCAGCCUAUAUUAUAUACAAUUCUUUUGCCGGACUACCAUCUGGUGAAACGACUGCUUCUCACAAAGAACUCGAAUGAGCCGAGCGAAGAUUGUACGCCCCCGUACCGCCGCUUCCGUUUCUGGUACGAAGAACGUACAAAAAAGUGACUGCCCUGGAACUAAGAACACCGCAUUGCAGUGUAUGCUGGAAUAGCGAAGUUGGCAAGUGUAUCAAAAAAUCUAUGCCAUAAUAACACCAGAGUUGAAUACAAUAAUUUGGAGGCCGCAUGACUUCAUAUGUGUAGAAGUUCCAUAAAGAGACUGGUGCCUCUGAAAGGAUUUUUAAGCUAUACGCAUUAAUUUUCACUAUUGAUGUUUACGUGAACACUUACUCUUUUUUCAUAGGUAUCAUUUGGAAAUUUUUAUAAAGCACUGUUUCAAGCACGAAGCUGAAAUUUUGUGAAUACGGAAAAGGAGAAAGACCCUGAACGAAAACGCUAACCGUCUGCUUGAUAUCCGUGUCACGUGAG